UCCUUUCGGUUGUUGGUGCACGCUGGAUGCUGGCCGGUUGCGAUGAGUUGCUGCUGUUUGGUCGUAUCGUACCACUUGAUCGUUAAUUUAGUCGAUCGUUUUUCGGACGUGCUGCGCGAUCUGCUGUACUGUCGGUGUAAGAGCAAGGGUGACGAUUUGUCGGACAAUUGUGAUCAACAGGUGGUUACGGUGGAGGCCGGUGCACCGACAGACCCAGUGUCGUCGUCAUCGUCCGAGCGAGUGUUGACAAACAAGCCACGGUACGUUGUGAUCAAUGAUACGGUUGAGCUGGAACCAUUCUAUUACGACGUCGACCGACGGUACAGUGAGCUGCUGCUUAAAGAUCGUCCCGUAGGAACGUGCAUAGUGCGACCGUUUAAGCUAAAACACGCCACGAUACGUUACAUCCUGUCGAUCCGUGCACCCGACACCUACUUCCAUCUCUUCAUCCGACACGCCGGCCAGAAUGGCAUGUAUGCACUCGGGUUGGAAAAGGAUCAGGAAAAACGGUUCAAAUUUCCCACCGACAUCGUCCGCUACUACCAGAUACAUCUGCUCGAGUGUACACGUGCACAACUGGUCACGAAGCUGCAGCUACAACCGCUACCAAUUUCGGAUUUGGUGGUCUUGGCUCAGACCAACACAACAGCAUGGGCGAUGUAA